AUGGCGUCUUCGUUCCUGGGCGUGGUGCUGACGCUGAGCGCAAUCACAAUCGGCCUGUCGGUGCUGCGCUACCGACGGAGCAACCGCGAAACCCUAGGUGACGUAGGAAGGGGCUCGUGGAACACCUGUCAGUCACAGCUGUGCCUGGCUCACUUCCGCAGGCUUAGGGACUCGCUGAACCGGACUAAUUCGCCCUGCGAGGACUUCUACCGCUUCGCCUGCGGCUCUUGGCAGCCGCGCGUGAGCGUGGCGCAGACAGCCUUCCGAGACCUCUUGGACGUAGCCCAGCUAGACGCCAUUCGGUACCUAGAAGCACCAGCGACGCCGACGAUGGAGCCGCACCAACAGGGCAGGACGGCAACCAUUUUGCCUAGUGGGGGAGCCGCCGCACCAGCCAAUGCCCGUCCAGGACAACGCAAUCGCGCCGAACGUGCGUACCACUUUUGUCUGCAGCGCGGCGGGGACGUUGCAGCGGACGUCGCGACUCUGAGAGAGUUCCUCGCCAACCGGUCGCUGUCGUGGCCCGAACGGGCCACGUCGGCGCCCGCUGCACAUCAGCCCCUGGACGUUCUCCUCGACCUGGACCUCAACUGGAACCUUGGCCUGUGGUUCUCGGUACGAGUAUCUUCUCCCUCGGCCCCGGCACCAGGAAGCAGGGUCGCCCGCCGUGUCUUGAGAGUCUCACACGGCCUUGUCUCCGGAGGCUGGAAAAAGGCGCUCGACACCGCGGUGUCGCGCAAGGAGUACAAGGCCCGCGUGCGCCGCUUCUACGACGCCCUGCGAACGAACAACUUCGUGCCCAUCAGCGACAAGGACGUCGAGGAUCUGCGCCACGAUGAGUUGACCAUCGCCGGUGCCCUGUCGGACGCCGCAAGCGGUGGCCAGAGCGAGAUGGCCUUUCCACUGAAGGAGAUUCAAAAGCUGGCCACGCCUCGCCUGACCACCGCCCAGUGGGCGACGCUGCUCAACUGGCACCUCAGAAAGCUCAACGGUAUCAGGGUGUCCGAAGCUGACCGCAUCCUCGCCACAAACGUCAAGUUGUUGCAGGCCGUAGACACUCUUCUGGGCGCCCUGUCCGCAGAUGCGGUGCUCUAUCAGCUGGGCUGGUCUCUCGUGCAGCUGCUCGGAUGGAUGGCUGACCCUGCACUUCCGGGUCGACCCGUCGCGACGACCCAGUCACCGGCCCAGACCCGGCGCGCCGACUGCUUUUGGGCAGCACAGAGGUCUUUCGGACUAGCCUUCCUAUCCGGAUACGUGGGCGUCAACUACCCGGCAUCCACGCGCUCUGCGGUGGACAGCGUCCUGAUGACCGUCACGCAGACGGCCAUCAACCUGUUCCUCAGGACGCCCUGGAUAGACCGCGAGAGCCGAGCGGCAGCCGUGGAGAAGCUGCGUCGCGUCAACGUCACGCUGUGGCCGCCGGACGACUAUCUCAACGGCACCGCGGUGAACGCAGUGUUGGAGCACUUCCCGGAGCCCGGCGACGCCGGCGUCCCCAUGCUUCGCUUCUGGCUCGACGCCCUGGCGGCACGCAGGUCGCUUAUGGCAACGAUGAAGCGGCAAAAAGGAACCGAGGAGGAGAACGCCUUCUUCUUUUACUCCGAAGACUUGCAGUCUCAGCAGCGGGCCCUCUUCAAGUACCACUACUUCCCGAACGAACUGGCCGUCUCGAUGCACGGUCUGCGCAGUCCCCUCUUUGUGCAGGGAGGAGGCCGCGCCGUCAAUAUGGGCGCCUUGGGAGCACAAUACGCCGCCGCCCUGUCAAGGGCGUUCGACCCGCGCGGCGUGCUUCUGGACGGCCGCGGUUCGACAUCCGGUCUCUGGUGGGGCAAGGCUUCGUACAGGGAGUACGAGCGAAGAACCGCUUGCCGCGCGGCCGGUGCCGACAGCGUCGAGUCCUUCUUCGAAGGCCUCGCGGCCGUUGAGAUAGCGUACGCGGCCUUCAACGCGAUGCGAUCCAUGAGCGACGGCAACCGGCGCGGACUACUGAAGCGGCGACCGCCGACGUUCAUGGGUCUCUCGGAAGACCAGGCCUUCUUCGUAUCCUUCUGCCAGGCGUCGUGCGCCCGUGAGCCUACAGACAGGCAGCGGUUGUCCUGCACUCUGCCGCUGAAGAACUUCCGCGGAUUCGCCGCGGCAUUUGCUUGUCCCGUCGCAUCGGCCAUGAACCCGGCGACGCGCUGUGGCUUCUUCGAGGGACAGCAGCCAGCGCCUGUCGCCGUCGCGGCGACGUCUGUGCGACCGCCGGCGCCGACGAGGCGCCGUAGAUUCGGGGGCGAUGGCGACGAUCCCUUGUCGCUGCAACCGACGCCCUUCGGAAGGCACAUGUUCUGA